AUGCGCAAUUGUCCCUUGAAGAAUGAGCUGGAAGGGGGCGUGGCCUUCAGAGGGCAGCCUGGAGGCCCUCCAAGAGGAAGGAAUCGGUUUCCAGGGGAGAACUCCCCAGCAAGUCCCAAGAACUGGGGUUCCUCGGCCAGAGACCGCCCGAGGGGGAGCUGCGUAAUCGCGGACAGCAAGGGCUCAGACACAAACAGGAAGCGGGCCCCUGACCCUGUGCUCUCAGGAGGCCUGAGCUCCUGUACACAGCAUCCGGCCCUCUUCGGCCCCAAGGCUCUGUGCGCAGUGCUCCCUCCUGGAUGGCAGACAGCCUGUCCGAUAACCGAGCUCCCGACAUCAAGGGCGCGUGUUUUCUCCUUCCCUCCGGUCUUCGCCCCACGUGGGCUGCAGGGAAGGAGAAAGGAGGCAUCGCCCGCCUGUGAUGUCACUUCAGACAGGACUCUUGUCACCCUUCUUAUUCCCUCCAGCUGGCCAGGGAUCUGGGCCUCUCCAAACACCAGCCAGAAGGAAGGCCCGCUCUGCGCGGCUCCCGGAAGCCCGCCGACACCUGCAGACACGCCAGCCGUUUACAGCACGAGGGCAGACGCCGCGGACAGAGACGGUGAGGCUGUUUCUCCCACAGGCAGGUACCCGUGGAAGUCCCACGACGAAAGUCACGGUGCGGUGGCUGCAGUGUCACCGUAUGGAGCUGCAGAGUGGCUUCUCCAAGACAAGAACUUGUCUCCGACUCUGCACCUACGCCAGGCCAUGGCCUUCAACUCGAGGGAGUUUUCACAGGGUAAGUCUAAACCGCCUGCAGGAGUGACUGAACGAUCUUGGGAACAACAGAUGAGAUCGGGGUUCGGCGGCGGAAGGGAAACACCCGGAAGCCACAGAGGGCACAACGUGCGCACUGGGAGCCGGGGAGACCCAGGCUGAGCCCAGCAGCUGGGCUCACGGGGGAGGACAGAGGUGCUCCGGGAGUCAGAAGAGGGGCCCCGUGCAGUUCAGCCGGCAUUUUUUCUUUCUUGGUCUAGAAACCUGUAACCGUGUACCUUCAACUCACA